AUGUUGCCCUUAUUCAAAGUUUUCUCGUUGAUUGUCAGGGUCUUUGCUAGGCCAGUGAUAGCAAGAACAAAGGCUGCACAUUUAAAGAAGGCUCAAUCAGGACACACAACUUGGAUCAAGUAAUUUUAUGUUCGUCUUGGAAACUUUUAACAUAAAUGGGACUAAAAAAUAGACAGCAAAUUUAUGGGUAUUGAUAAAAAAAGUAGCGAUUUUUUCUUUAAGCCUUUGAAUGAUGAACUGGCGUUAGAAAAAGGAGUUGAAUUCUUUUACGAAAUCCUUAUCUAUGCUUUGUUGAUAACACUUCCAACCUAUGAAAUGUAUUCUGCAUAAUAAGACUCUAAAAAAAAGAGUGAAUAAAAUACUUAGAAAUUAAAUAAUUUGAUGAAAUAAAUUGAAGAGAAUAAAUAACACUCCUAGCUUAAUAUCUAAAAAUUGGAUGAAUAAGACUAAAUCCGAUAGGAUCUAUUAAAAUAACUCAACAUCCUUUCAGUUUAAUCCUUCGCACAAUUAGAUGAUUUAUAAAAGAAUUGGAAUCUAAAAUCCCAAUAAUUGAUUGAAGAAAAUCAAAGAUUAAAAUAUGAACUAGAGCAACUCAAGCAGAAUUCUUUCAAAGAUGAAAAUCAAUGAGUUUAUGAUUUAUAUAUAUAAGUAUAAUUUCAAUUAUCAAAA